GCCAAGCGGUUAAACCCUAGGCGCUAAGCUCGACUAUUGCCAAACCCCUCUUUCUUCCCUCCCCUCUCCGACAAUGAGCCACCUUCUGGCAACCCUCCACCGGCACCGGUGUCUCCGCCUCCCAUCAACAGCCCUUCCACUCUGCCGGCCCGCCCAUUACAAACCCCAAAAACCCCAACCUCCACCGUCCCCUCCAAAACCCCCGAAACCCCCUAAAAAACCCCGAACUUUCACUCUCCACGACACCACCUGGGAAGACCCCUACAGCUGGAUGUCGAGCCUCAACGACAAAGUAGCAAUGCGACACAUGGACGUCUACAUGGAGCAAGAAGAGAAGUACACAGAGGCCGUCAUGGCCGACACCGAUCGCCUCCAGUCCAAACUCCAGUCCGAAAUGGCCUCCCGCAUGGCCUCCGACCUCUCCACCACUCCCCUCCGCUGGGGCCCCUGGUUGUAUUAUCGGCGGGUCGAAGAGGGGAAGCAGUACCCGGUGUUGUGUCGUAGAUUGGCGAGCUUAAAUGAAGAGUUCAUUUCGCAUAAAUCUCCUUUUGCAGGUUUUGAUUUUGCUUCAGGGAAGAGAAUUGAGCAGAAACUGCUUGAUUACAAUCAAGAAGCUGAGCGAUUCGGAGGUUUUGCUUAUGAGGAAUUAUCAGAAGUGUCACCGGAUCACCGGUUUCUUGCAUACACUAUGUAUGAUAAAGACAGCGAUUAUUUCAAGUUAUCUGUGAGGGAUUUGAAUUUUGGCUCACUAUGUAAUAAGCCUCAAGCAGACCGGGUUUCAAAUUUGGCUUGGGCAAAAGGGGGGCAGGCAUUGCUUUAUGUUGUUACUGAUCACAAUAAGAGGCCAUAUCGGUUAUAUUGUAGCAUAUUUGGGUCAAAUGAAGAAGAUGUAUUGCUUCUAGAAGAACAUACAGAGAAUGUUCAUGUAAACAUAAGACACACCAAGGAUUUCUGCUUUGUGACUGUAAAUACCUUCUCCACUAAAUCUUCCAAGGUCUUUUUGAUAAACGCAGCUGAUCCAUUGUCUGGCCUGACAUUAGUAUGGGAAUGUGAGGCACUGGCUCAUUGCAUAGUUGAGCACCAUAAAGGGUUUCUUUACCUUUUUACAGACGCUGCCAAGGGGGGCCAACCUGUUGAUUAUCAUUAUCUUCUUUGUAGUUCUGUCGACAUUUCUGCACCUAGAAAAUGGGAGAACGUAUUUAUUGAUGACCGAGAAUUAAUCAUUGAGGAUGUUGACUUUUGUGACACACACUUGGUACUUAUCGUAAGGGAAGGUCGGAAGUUCAAGCUUUGCUCAGUUGCUCUACCACUGCCUACCAGGGAGGGAGCAGUUCAUCUCAAAGAGCUUUAUCCACAUUUCCUGCCUCUUCCAAAAUAUGUUUCUCAAAUCUCACCUGGACCAAACUAUGACUAUUAUUCGUCAACUAUGCGCUUUACAAUAUCAUCACCUGUGAUGCCUGAUGCUGUAGUUGAUUAUGAUUUGUCAAACGGUAAGUGGAAUAUCAUUCAGCAGCAAAAUAUGCUGCAUGACAGAACACGAAUUUUGUAUGGAAGAGCAUCUUCUGCUGGCAGCACUGAAAAGUCAUCAAUCUCCCAAAGUUCAGAUUCUACAAAUGAAGUCAAUUUUGAAGAUGACCACUUAUGGAAUGACCUCUCUGAGUUUUAUGCUUGUGAACAUUAUGAUGUGUCUUCACAUGAUGGCGUUUUAGUUCCUUUGACUAUUGUCUAUUCAUGCACGAGGAAGAAAGUGGCUCAGAAUCCUGGAUUACUUCAUGUGCAUGGAGCUUAUGGUGAGUUGCUUGACAAACGGUGGCGAAGUGAAUUAAAAAGCCUUCUUGAUCGCGGUUGGGUGGUUGCGUAUGCUGAUGUCAGAGGUGGUGGUCGUGGUGGUAAAAAGUGGCAUCAUGACGGAAGAGGGACGAAAAAACAUAAUUCCAUUAAUGAUUAUAUUUCCUGUGCUAAAUUCUUAAUUGAGAAGGAGAUUGUGCAAGAAAAUAAGCUUGCUGGUUGGGGAUACAGUUCUGGUGGACUCGUCGUUGCUUCAGCCAUUAAUCUUUCUCCAGAUUUAUUUUGUGCUGCAGUUUUGAAGGUUCCAUUUUUAGAUCCAAGUAACACCCUUCUCCAUCCCAUUUUACCACUUACACCUGCUGACUAUGAAGAAUUUGGGUACCCCGGAGACAUUGAAGAUUUUCGGGCUAUACGAAAUUAUUCUCCUUAUGAUAAUAUUCAGAAAGAUGUUCUCUAUCCAGCUGUUAUGGUUAGCUCAUCGUUCAAUACACGAUUUGGAGUUUGGGAAGCAGCGAAAUGGGUUGCCCGUGUGCGUGACCAUGCCAUUUAUGACCCUAAACGCCCAAUACUGCUUAAUUUAACAGUAGACAUAGUGGAGGAAAACAGAUACUUGCAAUGCAAGGAGUCAGCUUUAGAGACUGCCUUUCUUAUAAAGAUGGUUGAUUCCUAGAUAUGUUUGUGGAUCCAAACCUGUCACAGUAGCUAUUGAUUUAAAAAAGACAAGAAAGCUCUCGCUGAAAGUUAGAAGGUUAAAUUUGAAUCAACCUACAGAUCUGAACCAUUCACCCAGUCACGAGCCAGAGAUAUGGAUAGUUUUCAAUUAUUUUGGUGCUUCGGUGUUGGCUAGACAAAGAAUCUUAUUUACUGGGUUAUGAAUGAUCUGGCCUAGUGUAUAUCUUGCUUACGCAGCCAAAUAGAAAAAGGAAGAUAUUUUUUUCUUUUAUGUGGAUUAGGAUGAGAGCUAUAAAAUAGUUAAUGAAAGAGACUCGAGAUAAUAGUUGUGGGUUGCUUUCUUUCUUCUGUUGAAUUGCACAAGUUUGUUGUCUGUACAUAUCAAUACAGCUACCUGAUUGUAUAAAAUACUGCAAUUUUGGCUUAUUAUAUUGACAAGCUUUGUAAUGCAUUCUAUGCUUUUGUUUA